UCUUGUGGCAACUUCAACCCACGUCUUGUUGAAGAAGACGACGACGUUCUCGAUGCCAGAGCUCUGGCAUCAGAUCUGGAUUUACCUCACGCACAGUAUGCAACGCCUCCAGCGCAGCCCGCCGCAGUACCCCAUCUCGCCGUCCGACUCGGAGCCGAGCCACUCGCCACUGCUGCGCAGCAUGUACCCGACGAGCUACGAGCUUCUCUCGCCGCUCUCGCUCAGCGAGCCGCAACCGCGGUACCGCAAGCGAAGCUUCCACGACCUCGACGACGACAUCUCGCAGGACCGUCGAUCCGCCGACCUCGCCGCUCGACUUGCACUCCUCCUCCACGCCCGCCGGUGCUUUCGAGACGACUGCCUCGUGCCCAACUGCGCGACGGCUAAAGGCGUGCUCGAGCACUGCCAAGAAUGCGGCGUCGGCCUCGGCAAGUGCCACAGCUCGUGCAACCAGGCCAAAGUCCUACUAAAGCACUAUCGCGUCUGCAAGUCGAAUGCACUACCGUGCCAGCUCUGCGCGACGCUGCGAAAGGACCACGACUGGGCCAUUGUCGAGUACUAGUUGUUGUUUAAUUUAGAGUAUAUAAGAGCAUCCCCAGCAGUCGUUUCCA